UGCUUGUCUGAUUCUGUUUCGUUCUUUUAAUUCAGCCCCAGGGAAUGGGCAAUCCUUGCUUGGAAAGGAUCAAUCUAAUAUAGAUCCUCCCAAGUUGGUUGAAUUGUUAAGGAAAGCAUCAAUGCCGGACAGAACUGUCAUACUGACCAUACUAGACCAAGCCUGGGCGAGGCCAGGCUCUGUUCUCGAACUCUUCCUUGAGAGCUUCAAAGUUGGUGUUGGAACCAAGAAGCUCUUGAAUCACUUAGUGAUUGUCACUACUGAUGAUCAAGCCUUUCAAUAUUGCAAGGCCAUGCAUCCCCAUUGCUUCCCCCUUCCGACCCCAGAAGACUUCGUUGCCAGGAAGCCAUUGAUGCAUCCAGAUCGCUCUAAGUUUGGUCGGAGAACCAUCAGAUUAUUGGGUGAAGUCGAUGAAUUGGGUUACAAUUUUGUUUUCACGGAUGCGGAUGUGAUGUGGCUCAAGAAUCCAUUUCUGUACGUUGACCCUAUUCAAGACCUCACGAUUGCGUGUGAGGUCUAUACAGGUGACCCAAAAAGUACAAGCAACAAGGCAGAUAGAGGAUUCUUUUUUGUGAAAUCUACUGAUAUUUCAGUCGAGUUUUUGAAAUAUUGGGAGGUGGCAAUGGUUCUGCAUCCCGACCAUGAUGCUCAAUCCGUAUUGGAGAUGAUCAAAGAGGAUGAGGUUGUCCAAUUCAGGUUGAGAGUGCGGAUUAAAUAUCUGGACACAGUUCAAUUCAGUGGCUUUUGUCAGCCAAACAAGGAUAUGAGGCAGGUGCAUACCAUGCAUGCAAACUGCUGUGAGGAUUUGGAGAGCAAGGUACAUGAUCUGAGGCUUGUUCUUGAUGAUUGGAGAAACUCGAUGACCAGUCUUUCGACUCCGGGUUCUUCAUGGAGGGUUCCAAGCAAAUGUAAGGAGAAAUAGAAUAAUUCCCUAUCCCAAACUCAACCCAUAUGUGUUUUCCUGGGAAGAUUUGGCUUGCAAAGAACAUCAAUUAGAACACAAGAAUAUGGCACAUAAGAGUAAAGCCUCUUUGUGAUGACUCACUCCCUUCCUAUGAUAAAUAUUGUUCAAUUGUUCAAUUAUCAAAUAGGGCCUAAAUACCUGGCAUCAUUCCCAGUUUAUCCGUGCGACCUGCUAUGAAAGCUCCCUUCUUAAUCCCAUUUCAUGUGAAACGGUAAACUCAGUUACCCAUUGUUUCCUUCAUUGGCCCAUUUAUAUUCACA